AUGGAUAAUCUUCCUCCUGAAAUACUGGCUAUGAUAUUUCAGCUCGUGGCUAUCGAGCAACCUGCUCUCAGCACGGCGAUCUCAAAAUGCUCAGGACAUGGGCAAUAUCCCCUGCGGAUGACGAUCGGGACUUGUGCGCGCUGCCGCAUCUCCUACCUUGGCUGGAUCAACGCCUUACACGUAUGUCGGCGUUGGAGGGAUACGGCCAUCGCGACGCCUGGCCUGUGGACGACCCUUACCAACAAUAUGUCAACUGGAGUGGCGGACGUUUUCCUCGCGAGAAGCCACGAGUCGAAUUUGCGCCUCUUGUGGGAUGGAUUCGUCAGCAACAUGUCCUCGCACCAGCUCGAUGUCCUGAUGCAUAUCCUCGCAUCUGCGCGCUUACGCGUCACAGAACUGGUAGCCCCGUUGAGCAUGAUGCAUGCGUCGCGGACCGCAUUCGCGCAAUCGCCGCUCUGCAACCUACGACGUCUGGAAAUGGAAUGCGACGCCGAUCAAUCCGCUGCGAACAUCUUGGACCCUCUCACAAUCGUCCAGUCAACAGCUCUGCGAGAGCUGUCGGUCUUCAUGAGGGUGCAAAACAUAGCGUGGCGAAGUGUCAUACCUCGACUCGCUCAACUACGGGUCUUGGAGAUCGACGUGGGUAUGCCGGGCUACUUGACCGAGAAUCUCUUUGUCGCCGUGCAGGCCAUCGAUUCCUUAGAGAUCCUCCGCUUACAUGGCUUACGAGACGGGGAAUCAAUCGCGGUCACAAAAUCGAUGAAGGACGUCGAGCUCGCAACCUGCACGGAAGUCGAUCUCGAAGGGGAGGACGAGGCUGUUGCGACAGUAUUAGGUGUUUUGCGCCUCCGGACCGAUGUCCGCCUGCGAGUACACGCCUCGCUACGAGAACUCGGAGAGAUCGUGUGCACGCCUUUGGCGAUCACUGCUCUUCACGGUUUUCUGGAUGAAGGGAAAAGAAGAGACUCUGUGUCAUACUUGCGCGCGUCAUUCGAGCACGCAUCGGCACCAAUCCCAGGAAGCAACAAUAUCUUCUUCCCUAGCUUUGUCAAAACAAGAUGGAGGUUAUGUGCCUUUCACCACGACACGGAGCACGACGAUACCCCGGCCUCCGGUCUGGCGGAUUUGGAGGUGGAGAUCGGAUGGACGGCAUACGACAGCACCGCACGAAGCUCUCUCGCUAAGCAUGGCGAUGACUUCUUUGGGCUCGCAGGCGCGAUCGGGUCCAACAUACAAGAAGUACACCUCAUAUCCCCGCCCACCGGUGCUGCGAUAUAUACUCCGGACUAUGUGCAUCAUCACUUCAAGUCCUGGACAUCUGUAAAACGCGUUCGAGUGACGGGCGUCAACGUUGCAUCUCGAGCGCUUGAUGAGCUUUCGCCGCACACGGAGAGGACUCCACUGUUCCCUCAGUUAUCGGAGCUCGCGUUCUCGGGGGUGUACGUUGAAGACUGGACGUCCGCGGCGUUGAUCAGUUCGGAAUGUUUGGGCGCGAAACUCGCUCGAGUCGCUCGCGAACGGCGUGCGGCGGGUCACCCCCUACAGAGGAUAGAGAUGAGCGGUGAUGCGAAGGUGCUACAGAAAGAGGGAUGGCGGUCAGAACUCAGUGAAGUAGCCAAUACAGAGAUACGCGGGCUUCAUCCUAUGUAA